CCAGAGCCUGAGGCUGAGCUGCACCAUGGCGUGGUCCGUGACCUGGGCAGGUUUCCUGGUGUUGCUGGCGGUUCAAUGGGGCUCUGCUGCAAAAUUGAUCUGCUACUUCACCAACUGGGCCCAAUACAGAGAGGGGGCAGCUCGCUUCUUGCCCAAGGAUGUGGACCCCAGCCUGUGCACCCACCUCAUCUAUGCCUUUGCCGGCAUGAACAAUCACCAGCUCAGCACCAUUGAAUGGAAUGACGAGGCCCUCUACCAGGAGUUCAACGGCCUGAAGAAGAUGAAUCCUAAGCUGAAGACCCUGUUAGCCUUAGGGGGCUGGAACUUUGGCACUCAGAAGUUCACAGAUAUGGUGGCCACUCCCAACAACCGCCAGAUUUUCAUCAGCUCAGCCAUCAAGUUUCUGCGCAAAUAUGGUUUUGAUGGCCUUGACCUUGACUGGGAAUACCCAGGAAGCCGGGGUAGCCCUGCUGUGGACAAAGAGCGCUUCACAGCCCUGGUGCAGGAGUUGGCCAACGCCUUCCAGCAGGAAGCCCAGACCUCAAACAAGGAUCGACUCCUCCUGAGUGCAGCUGUCCCGGCCGGGCAAGCCUAUGUGGAUGCUGGAUAUGAAGUGGACAAAAUUGCCCAGAACUUGGAUUUCAUCAGCCUUAUGGCCUAUGACCUCCAUGGCUCCUGGGAGCAGGUCACAGGACAUAACAGCCCCCUCUAUAAGAGGCAGGGAGAGAGUGGUGCCGCAGCCAAACUCAAUGUGGACGCUGCCGUACAAUACUGGCUGAAGAGGGGGACUCCUGCCGAUAAACUGAUCCUGGGCAUGCCUACCUACGGACGAUCCUUCACUCUGGCUUCCUCAUCAGACACCAGAGUGGGGGCCCCAGCCACAGGGCCUGGCACCCCUGGCCCCUUCACCAAGGAAGGAGGGUUUCUGGCUUACUAUGAGGUCUGCUCCUGGAAGGGGGCCACUGAACGCAGAAUCCAGGACCAGAAGGUGCCCUACGUUUUCCAGAACAACCAGUGGGUAGGCUUUGAUGAUGUAGACAGCUUCAAAGCCAAGGCUGCCUAUCUGAAGCAGAAGGGACUGGCUGGGGCCAUGGUCUGGGCACUGGACUUGGACGACUUUGCUGGCUCCUUCUGCAGCCAGGGCCGAUACCCCCUCAUCCAGACACUACAGCAAGAACUGAGUGGUCAGUAUGUGCCUUCAGGCCCCUCAGAACCUGAAGUUCAAGAACAGGAUGUGCCCUCUGAACCUGAGCAUGGCCCCAGCCCUGGACAUGACACUUUCUGCAAGAGCAAGACUGAUGGGCUCUACCCUAACCCUCAGGAAAGGUCCAGCUUUUACAGCUGUGCAGGGGGACAGCUAUUCCUGCAAAACUGCCCAACAGGCCUGGUAUUCAGCUCCUCCUGCAAAUGCUGCACCUGGAAUUGAAUCUCCAAGGCCUCUCCAGCCCCAACCCCAAGGCUGGGCCUGGGGCCACUCCACAGCCUGUCUCCUCAGCCUUCCUGGGAACCACAGUUGGCUCUGCAGGCCUCUAUAUGGUCUUUCCAUAUCCAGAUUUUCUGCUCUCAGCCUUAACUUACUUUUUCAUGAGUCUUCUUGGCUUCCCCUUUCACUUGAAAAAUAAAUCUUUGGU